AUUUAAUUUCACAUAACCUAAAAUGUUUACAUAAAUAAAAUAAUAAUUAAUAUCAUUUUUCUUUGCAUUACAUACAAAAAUAUAUUUAAAGUCUAAUAUUGAAUACCUUUUUAGAAUAAAAUAUCAUACAAAAUGAUGAGGCGUACGUGGAAUAUCGCAGCAAAUAUUUUACGACCUGAAAAACUUCAGAUGAUCUUCACAGCGGGAAUAAAAUACUUCCCUCCUCCGAAAAACUAUGACGAUAUUCAGAUACCGGAACGGCAAAGAUUGAGAGUAUAUGAUAAAGUGCCCCUCUAUCCUUCUAAUAUAAAACCACCUAAAAUGCAAAAGAGGUUGCGUUACAUGAGAGGACCUGAACCAGUACACAAUACAUUGCAGUUGCAACAGUAUGGUGUUGUGGCAAGGGGUGGCGGUAGAAUGCGUCAUGAACAUUUUGAGAUGGUCCGUCUUCAAGUUGCAAGGAGAUUGGACCAAAAGAAAAUGUUUGCAAUCUGGCGUAUUGAUCCUCCGUGGCAACCAAUCACAAAGAAGGGUCAGGGCCAACGUAUGGGAGGUGGUAAAGGCGCUAUUGACCAUUAUGUCACUCCGAUAAAAAAUGGACGCAUAAUUUUUGAAGUCGGUGGAAAAUGUGAAUAUGCUGAGGUAAAAAACAUGUUACGAAUCAUUGCCGAGAGACUGCCUUUCAAAGCUGAGCCAGUGUCACAGGAAAUAAUGGAGAAACAUGCAGCCGACGAACAGUGGAGGGAAGAAAAUAACCAAAAUAAUUACACAAUGAAAUAUUUAAUCCAAAACAAUAUGGGCGGCUGUCACAAGCAUAUAUCGAAAUAUGACCAUAGAUGGUUCUGCAAAUAUUUGUAAGAUGUAAUGGAAUAGACAAUAUAAUUUAGUGAAUAGUAA